UACCCCCCCCCCCCCCCCCCUCUCCAGCUGAAUCUAUAACCAAAAAGUCACCAUUCUCUCUCGCAUACUAGCUGAAUCUGUUCUUCCUUUCCUACACUCUUGAUCCAUUAUCAAUGGUUUGGAAUUUGUUUCAGAUUCAUCUAAUUCCGGUGAUGGGUUUUCACUUCUUUCUCGAUUGAAUUACGUGAAGAAAUCAUCCCUCUCUCUAUGAAUUCUCUGUACUGUUGAUCAAAACGAGAGGCAAUCAUUCUCUUACAAUACGUGUUCACAGGUGCUUUCCAAGUUCCUUGGUAAAAAGGACAAGGACCCAGUUCAUUGAUCUGGUCUAAGAUUCCUUCUGCAAUUUUUUUUCUUCACUAUUGCUUUAGAAGACCAAAAUCUGAUCAGUGAAGUGCAUUGAAAUUAUGCAAUGGGACCAUCAACAGGAGGAAGAACAAGACUCUCUGGAAUGCAGAAGCAAGUGCUUACUCUGUACCGGGGCUUCUUACGAGCAGCUCGUUCAAAGUCCCCUGAAGAUCGACGGCAGAUUGAAUCCUUUGUUUCAGCUGAGUUCCGCCGCAACUCCAAACAAGUAGAUCGCAAGAAUUUCAUCUACAUUGAGUACUUGCUUCGCCGUGGUAAGAAGCAGCUUGAGCAGCUCAACAGUCCUGAUACUGUUGGAUUGUCAUAUAUGAAUGCCACUUUCUCUGAAACUGAAAAUCCCAAAAACUAAGUCGAGAUGAAUUACUGACAUCUGCGUAAUAUUGUGACAUCUUUUUUUCUUGUGCAAUUUAUUUCUAGUUCAAACAAUUCUGUUCAUAAAACGCCUGCAGUAAUUUUUUUCAGUUGUCUUAAGCAGGUUUGCAUGCCAUUGUUCUAUUGAGGCCAUGCUUGAUGGUUAAACCAAUGUUAGUUUCUUCUA